UGCUCAGUUCAGUGUCGCAUGCAUCUCAUCAAAAUAUAAUAAAAACCUCCUUCACAGAUCCUGAAGAUGAGUAAUUUAGCUGAUGGAAGGCGUAACGCUGAGCUACUUGAAGCUCAAUCACUUAUAUGGAACCAUAUUUUCAAUUUCAUCAACUCCAUGUCCCUCAAAUGUGCAAUUCAAUUAGGAAUUCCAGAUGCCAUCCGCAACCAUGGCAAACCCAUCACCCUCUCUGAGCUCAUUGCUGCUCUAACUCAUCUCCACCCAGCCAAAGCCAAUUGUAUCCCUCGCCUAAUGCGCAUUUUGGUUCACUCUGGUUUCUUUGCUCGAGCAAAAAUCAGCCAAAAUGAUCAAGAAGAAGGGUUUGUUCUCACUAAUGCAUCCCAGCUCCUUCUUAAGGAUCACCCUUUGAGUGUGUCUCCCUUCUUGCUUGCCAUGCUUGACCCUUGUUUAACAAGACCAUGGCAUUAUGUGAGCACUUGGUUCCUUAAUGAUGAUCCUACUCCAUUUGCUACUGCUAAUGAGAGGACAAUUUGGGAAUAUGCUGCCCAUGAACCAAAUUUCAAUAAUCUCUUUAACCAAGCUAUGGCUAGUGAUGCACGGCUGGUUAUGAAUGUUCUGAUCAAUGAGUGCAAGGGGGUGUUCGAGGGGUUGCAAUCAUUGGUUGAUGUUGGUGGUGGAACAGGAACAGUGGCUAAAGCCAUAGCUAAAGAAUUCCCUCAAUUGGAAUGCAUUGUAUUUGAUCUCCCACAUGUGGUGGCUGGUCUUCAAGGCACUAACAACUUGAAAUAUGUUGGUGGCAGCAUGUUUGAGGCAAUUCCACCUGCAGAUGCAAUUUUAUUGAAGUGGAUUAUGCACGAUUGGAGCCAUGAAAACUGUGUUAAGAUACUGAAGCGAUGUAAAGAAGCAAUUAAGGGCAGAGAAGGGGGAAAGUUAAUUAUUAUAGAUAUGGUGAUGGAGACGAAGCAGAAAGAGGAUCACGAGUCAAAUGAAACAGAACUCUUUUUUGAUCUACUCAUGAUGGUCUUGUAUAAUAGUCAAGAGAGAAACGAGAAAGAAUGGGCUCAACUAUUUUUUGAUGCUGGCUUCGGUAAUUAUAAGAUAAUCCCCAUGCUAGGUUUAAGAUCUAUCAUUGAAGUUUAUCCUUAAUCUCGCAAUUGUUCCAUGCAUGGUAUCUAUUUUCAUUUGUUGUCAAAAUAAUGUAUCACCUCUGCAGGGAUUGAUAGAGAGGUGUUUAAUUUAUGCAUAAAUGUUGCGUUUAGUUUGGGAAGAAUAAUAUUAUCCCAUAUUAUUAAUUCGAUUGUUUCUAUAUAUUAUUAUGUUCUUUGCUUAAUUUUUUAGAUCAAGUUUGAAGUAUGAUCUCUACAUUUCAAUCGCUCUGUUUACGAAAAAUUUUAAUUUAUCAUUGAUUCAAGAUACAAUAUUAUUUCAUAAA